AAUAACGCCUCUCCCGCACGGCCCAGCUUCUGCUUGCUUGCCCGCUGCUGCUGGUGCUCCUGAUGCUACCACUGCUAAAAAGCUACUGCUUCUUUUUCAGUUCUUGUCGCCGCUUGCUGGCGGGCUUCCCUCUCCUUCAUUCCCCCCCUUCGUCCACCCAUUCGCACAUACAGCAUGGACGAAACUACGAAAGCGCAGCACGCCGUCAAUUCGGCCCAGGUCGGCGAGCUCGCCGCCUGCUAUCAGAAAUGGGCAGAGCAGGACAUGGAGAGGAAUCGCUUCGUUCAGAUGCUGCUGCAGAGAGUCGCCAGCAACGAUGAAGAGAUCCGUCGCCUGAGGCUGGAUCUCGACGCCCAGAGCUCGUCCCGCAUCAUGUACCAGCAACAGGCCGCCGACUGCAUGGCUCGCAACGAAGAGUACAAACGUCUUAUGAAUAACGAUGCCUAUGUUGCCGUUCUCGUCGACGGCGACGGCGCCAAGUUCCGAGAUAGCCUGCUGAGAGACCCUGCCCACGGCUCCGUUGAGGCUGCCCAGCUGCUCAAGCAGCAGAUUGUCGAUUACCUCCGCAACGACACACCCCUCGGCGACGAUGUGCACAUCUUUGUUCGCAUCUUUGCCAACGUCAAAGGCCUUGCUAGGGCCCUGCGCAUAUCGGGCGUCAUCAAUCAAGACGAAGACAUGUAUAAUUUUGCCGAGAACCUUACCAAUAGCCGCGCCGAGUUCGAUUUCGUCAAUGUCGGCCACGGCAAGGAAAACGCCGACUCCAAAUUGAGGCGCAUGCUUAACUACUAUCACAAGGAUAUCCGCUGCAAAAAGAUCUUCUUCGUUGCUUGUCACGAUGGAGGCUAUACCCACGCCCUGCGUCCGUAUAUCGGCGAUAGGGACAACCGCAUCGUUCUCGUAGAGACGACGCCGGCGGAACAAAACAUUAGGAACCUGGGCCUGCCCAUUAUUCGUUUCGACAAUGUUUUUCGCGAUACACCACUAAAUAACGAGACCAAGCCUAGUAUGUUGCAGCCGCAGCAGCAGCAGCCGCCGCCUCCUCAGAGAAAAGCCGCCAGCCCUCCUGCUCCCGUCUUCGACGCGGUUCUGACGAAUGCCCUGACACCGAGUACGACGCCGACACCGCCGCCAUCGGUAAAGCAUCUUCCCGAGGCGACUAUUGUUAGCUCAGGGAACGGUGGUGUUUCUAUUAAGCACAAAGGAAGCUAUGCAUCGGCUGGUGGGGCCAAUGGACACCAGAACCUGGCCGUCAGAAGCACUAAGGCCCGACCGCUCAGGACCAUUGAUCUCAAUAGGGAGAAUAUUCGCAUUGACCCACCCGUCAAAUUGCCAUCCGGAUCACUGGCCCAAGACACGUACCGGAAGAAGCUCCAGGAGGCGAAAAUGGGUGCAUUCUGUAACGCCCAUUACCUGAUGGGACACUGCGGCUCGACUAGUUGCGCCAGAGAGCAUGAGACGAGGCUGACGGCUGAGGAACUAAGCGUCCAUCGCUACAAGGCGCGCACCAGCCCUUGUCACCAUGGACCCAAGUGUAUGAACUUUGACUGCGUCCUCAGCCACCACUGCCCGCAAGACCCGUAUUGCAAUCGGGGAAGGGACUGUCGCUUCUCCAAGCAUGCCAAGUAUGGGGACCUCCACCUGUCUAGGGAGGAGAUGAAGCCAGUGAAGCGAUGGACCGAAGGCUCAAACUUUCCAGAAGUACUUUAGGCAACAUGAAGGCGGUGGAUGGGCAUAGAUACGCGAAACGCGAUUUUAGGGGGUGCACGGCGGCGGGGAGGGCUGGGGACGCGUGUCUUUGAGAUUAGCUCAGACAUGCUUGGAACGGAUGAUGAAAGACGAUUUACGGCAGACUGUGACACGCACAUAAGAGCUAACACGUAAAUAGACGCUCAGUAACUGAGGGAGUGAAGACAUCUCACACAUGGCAUGCUGUGUUUGGCUCUGCAAGUGCGUGCAUGCGACAAACAUGGAGGAACGGUGCGGGGUACUUGGCUGUGGCUGCUUCGCCAGCCAUGUGAACUUUGGUGCCUGGCUAUGUUAGCGUGCCGGCUAAAAACCCAGCUCAAUUUACCAUGUAUGGG